CGCCGGGGCGCGGCCGGCCCCUCGCCGAGCGACCUUGUAACGACAGCCCUCGCGUGACGGGCGCUUUCUGCCUCAGAAGGCACUUUCCUGCGGUUUUCUGGAUUCAUCGCUCACAGUCCGGGAGGCCCUUGGGCCCGCGGGGCUCUCCCUCACGGUGGAGAAAAGGGACCGGGCCCGUGGCUUGCUCGGGCUCGCGCAGGAAGUUAGCAAGGCCCGAGGCCGAUGGCUCCUGGCUGCGCUCAAAGUCCACAUCUUUUUACCAGUCGUGUGUCUCCCCCACUCAGCGUCAUUUAUUUAGAUCUGAAACGGGGGUGAUCCUUUCUGCCACAUGGGGAUGUUUGGAGGAUUUCCUCCUUCAACUUAUUUUCUGAACCCUUGCCAUGUACCAGGGCCUGUGCUAGGAAAGUUUGUGAGGCGCCCAGAGGUGCUGUACACAUGCGUGACGCCCAGUCCCUGUCGGUCCCCCAUGGCCCCGUGGAGCCGAUCAGCGGUGCUGAGUCUCUACCGGGCUCUGCUGCGCCAGGGUCGAGAGCUUCGCUACACUGAUCGAGACUUCUACUUGGCCUCCAUCCGCCGUGAGUUCCGGAAAAAUCAGAAACUGGAGGAUCCUGAGGCCCGGGAGAGGCAGCUGGAAAAGGGCCUGGUCUUCCUCCACAGCAAACUGGGGGGGAUUAUUUAG